UUUUGUCACAGGUUUUCCUCAUUCCUGAGAAGCAGUCCAAUAAAGUCAUCCAUUAGAAUCCCUGAUAAAAUGUGACUUUACAGUUUUCUACUCUCGUUUUCACGAAACUAUUUCCAAUCGUACCAACUUUGGUACUUGAUCAAGAUUUUAUUAUUUAGGGACUUUCCUCGAAUUUAUAAAAAUGUUGGGUAUCCUCCGUCACUCGAAUGUAUAAAAGCGACACCUUUUCAAUUAUUCAGUUGUAUUCUUUCAUUCGACAAGCUCCUUUUGCUCCAAAUUCCCAAAAUUUCAUGCUGCCUUUUAAAACGCAUAAUUAUCACUGAUUUCCCAAUAACAAAGUCAAUACCUGCUCAAAUUCGUCGAAAUUUUAUAUCAGUACAAAGUCCCAGAUUUUCAUAAAAAUAUAAACAUAAAAAUAUUUACUUACUAACUCAAUCAUCAAUUAUUAGCCAACAGUAAAUAUGUCGCAAAACCGUCGCUACUCGAGUCGCGAGGUGGAAGAACCUUUCCGCAAAAUGCCGUCUUUUAAAGAUGCAUCGAUCAGUGUCUCCGAUUUGGACCCUUUCUUCAAAGCGAUUGGAUUCACUUGCACGCCCGAGCAGUUCCAGGGGUACGAAAAUUAUUCGAAUAAACUGCUCGAUGGCAGAUUUCCGCUGGAUCUCUGCAUAAAAUCGUUGGGCUCCGUGGAUGACGCGGAGGAACUCUUGAAAAUCCAUAUCACCGCGAUGGACAAGGACAAGGAUGGUUUCAUCGAUGAAAACGAGUUCAAAACUAUUCUCGUCACUUUACGAACGCAUAUGGGCCACGAUUAUCCGAAUGUGGACUAUGCACAAUUUGUGAAGGAAGCUGACACCAAUCAAGAUGGCAAGAUUAGUAUCGACGAAGCCGUGGAGUGGUUUGUUAAGAGGGGAAAAGGGAAGAAGUGAAAGAAUUGGGUGCACUUGAAAUUCGGAAACGUUGAAAAUUGAAUACAUUGUUCUAUGAGAAGGAAGAAUUUAAAAAAUUGGGUAUUUGUACUUGAAAUUCAGAAAUUUUGAAAAUUGAACAAAUUGUAAAGCAAAUGAUUUAAAAAAUUACUUAAAUUUGAAUUGACCGAUUUUGGAAUAAAUAAUUUGAAGAGAGGAGAUGGAAAUACUGUA